AUGAAGCUGUCUGGUUAUGAGGUUCUCACUACUUGCUCACCUCGCAACUUCGAUCAGGUGCAGGAGCUUGGAGCCGACAUCAUGUUUGAUUAUAAUGAUCCAAACACUGCCGUCGCAAUUAGAGAGCGAACGAAGAAUGGUCUCACGUUGGCAUUUGAUACAAUUUCCACGGAAAGCAAUGCCAAGUACUAUGAUUGCACUCUCUCACCAAAGAAAGGGGACUAUAGUUCGCUUUUGCCAAUCAAUAUUGAGCUUGAGAAUGACAGAGACCGGGCUACCAUGGCCUAUACGGCGUUUGGUGACAACUUCAAGUUCAGGCCAAAUGAGAUCCCGGCUCGGCCACAUGAUCGGGCGUUUUGUGUGGUCAUUUUGAGGACUUGGUGGCGACUGGAAAAAUCAUGGUACACCCUCCUAGGGUCAGUCAUGGUGGCCUGA